CGCCUCUCGUUGCCCACUGAUUCAGUCCAAAACUUGGCAUCCUCACAGUCCAUUCCAGCUGUUUGCUUUGAUCGCUUCUCCCUACCCCUUUGCCAUUUUUGUCACUCGCCCGCUCGCUCUCGUUUCAGUUGGAAGGAAUCGUGCAGUAGUAGUAGGAGAAAUGGUUGCUCUUUUAUUGCUGGCGCGUCCCGCUUUCGGUUUACAAAACUGUGUCGUGGGGCGAAUCGUUUUCACUUCUCACAAGUCGGAAUAGUUUCAUGCGGAUUUUGGUCGGAUUCGUGUGUGUUCCACCGCAGCUGUCGGGUUGGGUUCCGCCGUUGUGUGCAUUCUGUGCGCGAUGGUUGAUUCGUCUUGGAAUGAUUCACGUGCGUGCUUGAGAGAGAGUGGCGCAAAUCCUCGCCUCGUUGUGUUCUCCGUGCCGGCAUUGUGUUCGUAGUGCUGAGAAGUUGUAGGAAUUGUGUCGAGAUGUUUCCCGAAAUUUUCGCUCGCGGUACUGUUGUGGUGGACUGAGAGUGCCUGAAUAGUUCAUCGCCGAAUGCGGAUUGAAAAAGAGCCUGGUGGUUGCCACGAAGCUGUAUCACAUUGUAUGUUGCGAUUGUAGAGAACUUGUGAGAUUUCUCGACAAAUUCUUCCAUUGGGGCUUUCUAUUCCCAUGGUUGUUGUAAUAGUUGUGGGGCUUUACUGCAAUUGAAUAUGUAGUUGGCUUUCGGGAUGUGCAUCCAAUUUUUGUAAGCUUGCUGUUAGAUUCGGUGUCCAGCUCAAGGUGAAUUUUGGAGCCACCGGAAAACUUGAACAUCCAGGAAAGGCUUGAGAUUUCGGGUGAUGACUCGAGGUCUCUGAGGUGUCGCAGGAACUGUGCAACGAUCCUGUAGCUGUAUUCCUAGGGCUUUAUCGCCGCCUUUGGUACGGUAGGUUACAACGACUUAGAACUCAUCUCAUGUAAAUCUCAUCGUUGUUUCGUCGAUUUGUCGAAACUCUAGGCCCUACUGAGUAAUCAGCUUUCACACCCUCUCUUACCGCGACGAAAGAACAGGAGUAGUUUCGAAUCAUGCUACAAGGAUUCAUAGAAAGGAACAUCAAUCUGCUGCACGAGUGAGUCAAAUGGGUGGCAAGCUUAUAUCAUGUUUCGGAAUACCUUUGAAGAAGAAUUUCAACAAAGAUGGAUUCAAGGAACAUGACGACCCCAAUCCAAAGCGAGGACCAAGAGGACUACCUAUAACAACUUAUACCUACACAUACAAGGAGCUCAAAUCAGGAACCCAAAAUUUUGACACAGAAUGCAGAGUGCAUUACGGGGAGCUUGGACUACUUUAUAAGGCGUAUUUAUCACCCAGUGAAGUGGUCGCUGUAAAACGAGCAACACGGGAAUCUCAACAAAGUCCUUCUGACUUUCGAAAUGAGAUAAAAUUCCUGUCUGGGCUGCACAAUAAGUAUAUUUUGAACCUAUGUGGAUUUUGUGAAGAGAAAGGGGAACAAAUUCUCGUUUAUGAGUCCAUCACCAAUGGAAGCCUAGCAGAUCAUUUUCUAGGAGAAUCAGGGCUGUCUCUAACAUGGCGUGAACGAGUACGCAUUGCAAUUUGUGUUGCGAAGGGUCUGACCUACCUUCACGAAGAGUGCUAUCCUCCUGUCGUGCACAAGGGUGUGAAGCCGACUAACAUCCUUCUGGACCAUAACUUCCAUGCCAAGAUCGCCAAUUUUGGUCCCAACGCAACACACAUGCUGAUGGGUGCACUCGGCACGCCUGGCUACGUCGAUCCUUCUUACGUUUCCAACGCAGGGCCUGCCUGUGACAUUUAUAGCUUCGGAGUAGUUCUUCUCCAACUCGUGACAGGCAAGCGCGCGUGUGAUAGCUUGCGAGAUGAAGCAGCCUAUUACAUCACAGACUGGGUUCGGUUCAAAUUAGAGUCCGGCGACUUCGACGAAACACUCGACAUCAACCUUCGAUCGACGGCAUACAACCCCGAGAUUCUGCUUCAAAUGGCGCGGCUCGGCCUCCGAUGCACGGACCUUGACCCGAAGAAACGACUCUCGAUGAGCCAAGUGGUGCAGGAGCUGGAGCACGCACUGCAGGUAGUCGAUGUGCUACUUUCCAACGCACCAACUGCGCUCACCGCGCAGGUGUGUGACGGCGGGUCCGGUUACACAUGCCGAUCCUCAGGCUCAGAUUUCAGUCUUCCGGAACUUGGCGGUAAAGAUGCACAUAUCAAGUUCGAUGGGAUGGAGUGGAUCGACAUCAAGGCGCUGGAAGUCCCCGACCUGAGUGAUGUCUUCGAGGAUCUCCCUCUCGAGACUGUCGUCACAUAGCUCACCGCACAAGCAGUUGCAGCCCUAAUCCCAAGCUAUCUAGAUCCAGAUGCACAUGCAGCCGAGGACACCAUCUCUGAUCACAGCUUGCAAGCUCCAGCAACUUUCUAGACGAGCCGAUGUCGGCGCCGCCGCAGCCUAGACACCGAGAUCAUCGAAGCGAAGCUUCAAGCUCACCUAAUUCCCCAUCCCAACAUUGUAAUUAAAAGCAUUGUUUCUUCAAAGAAUUGGAUGAAAUGAAACUUCCCAAUUUGAUGAUAUAUAAUAUAUUCACAGUGGGUGCUUCUCGUAUUCCAAGUAUGGGGUACUUUGUUGCCA